CAUGGCCUCCUCCGGGGUGGCCCCGGGCCGACAGGUCGAAGAUGCGUUACCGCCCCCCGCCGAGCCGCCGCUGCCCGAGGCCAAGCCGCAGCCGCCAACUCCCGUCGCCGCGCCGCAACCCCAGCAGCCGCCCGCACCGAGGCCUCAGUCACCGGCGGGUCUGAAGGAGGAGGAGAACUACUCCUUCCUACCCUUGGUUCACAACAUCAUCAAAUGUAUGGACAAGGACGGCCCAGAUAUCCACCAGGACCUGAACGCACUCAAAACCAAAUUCCAGGAGCUUCGCAAAGUCAUCAGCACCAUGCCUGGCAUCCAUCUGAGCCCUGAGCAGCAGCAGCAGCAGCUGCACAGUCUACGAGAGCAAGUCAGGACCAAAAAUGAACUUCUGCAGAAAUACAAGAGCCUUUGCAUGUUUGAGAUCCCCAAGGAGUAGAGUGAGACUGACUUCCAUCAAUGCCCAGAGAGAGAAGCUGGAGACCAAGCGACCUCACCAUCUGCCCCUCCCUGCCUGCUGCCAGAGGCUGACUCUUUUGUACUCCUCCAAAACUUGAGCCCAAUCAGGGCUGUUGUUCCUUUUCCUUAAUUCAAUUUGGCAUUGACUAUGCAAGGGGCCAGCACUCAAACUUGGCUCCUUUGGGGCUUCUUUGUAUAUAGCCAUAUGUCUAGAUGCAUAAUGCUUAUGCCUGCUGGGGGGUGGAGGGAAGAAUGUUCCUGGAGGCUGGGGAGGAAGGGUGGGAGACUCUAUCCUGCCUCUGGGGAAUGGACCAUCUGCUGUGUAUUCAGGCUUCUUUGACACAUCCAAAGAGUACAGUAGGAAAGGAGGCAACUCCCCUUUGCUUCCUGCCUUCCUCCCCUGUCCUCUUAGAUUUGAUCAAUGUGUACCAGGUACAUAUUAUUCCUAUUAACAGUCACAUCUGAAAUAUUUGUAUAGAAUUCACUGGAGAAAUUAGGCCUGCUCUCAGCAUGUCUUGAAAUGGUAAAAGAAGGCGGUGAGAGAAUGGAACAUUGUUCUGAAAGACUACGGGGUGGCCUGCCCCCCACCUCCAAAAACAAUUGGCUUCCUUUUAAAUUUGACCCAGUGAAUGUAACUGCCAUAGAGGUGUCUGCUGCCAGAUAGCCCCUAAUCUUGAAGUUCUUUGCCACCUACAUGUUCUUGUUACACAUUUA